AUGAUCAAAGUUGCGGUCGAGCGAGGUGAGAUGAGAGGUGUUCGGAUAGCCCCUAUUGCGCCAGUGGUUUCGACCCUAUGCUUCGCCGACGACACACUCAUCUUCAGCCAGACGACUAGCGAGGAUGCUCAGACGCUUCGCCGGAUACUUGUCUCAUAUGCCUCAGCCUCGGGACAGGUUAUUUACCUUGAGAAGUCCACAAUGGUGUUUUGCCCGACCACUCCCCUGGAAAGAAAAGACGAAAUACAUUCCAUUUUUGGCUUUCACAUUGUUGAAAAGCACGAUAAAUACUUGGGGAUGCCGUUUUCCAUGGGAAAGUCAAGACGGGAAAUCUUUGGUUUCUUACGGGACAUAAUUUGGUCUAGAAUUAAGGGUUGGGGCGAGCGGAACCUAUCACGAGCAGUCAAAGAAGUUCUUAUCAAAGUCGUACUACAGGCGAUCCCCUCAUACGUUAUGAGCUGCUUCAUUAUUCCUCAAAAUCUCAUCUAG